CAGGGGCGGGGCUACUCUGGUCAUGUGUGAGUCCAUGUUGUGUGUUUAGUGAAUAGACUGCUGACGGAUAUUACUCAAUAUUUACCCUUCUACAUUCGGAGCUGAGCAUGUCGGAGGUAUUUUAUCGUUGUCGUCUUCGGAACUUCAUUUUGUGCUUCUCAUUGGGAACUGUAGGAGAUAUUUUAUUCAGGGAUGGAAAUGGAAUCGUUUUUAAGUUUUAAUUACGAAGCAGACAAACCAUUUCGCCAAGAGACAGUAGGGGACAUAAAAAAGAGUGAUGACUCUUCGUCUGCGUCGUCAAUAGGCUCUAGUGGUAUGGAAUGGAGACUUUGGCCGGCUAUUUCUGCUACAACUUCGUUCCCGUAUAGACUACUGGACAAUGUUGAAAGUUUCUUCAAGUCAAAACUGCCAAGUCUCCCAGCCCCUGUCAAUCAACUCCAAAGUGUUGCGAAUUCGAUAGCUAGUGGUUUGGAAAAGCUCAACAUGGACAUAGAUGAAAAUAUUGUCACACUGGAGCAAGUACUGGAAGCUCAUCAGUUUUUAAAGUCCUCUCCUGAUAUGGUGCGAACCCCUACUCUUUUACACGUCCAAAGCAUGUUCACUAAGGACGUUAAGGGACCAAAGUCCUCAGGACUCAGUUCAAAAGUUGAUGCCACCAGUCUUCAUAAGGUGGAUCUCUUCAUGAAGAUGGAAAACAUGCAAACCACUGGGUCCUUUAAAAUCCGAGGCGUGCUGAACCAGAUGCGCAAAGUGAAGGAGAGGCACGGGAAACAGUGCAAGCUCAUAACCAUGUCGGCAGGGAAUUAUGGGAAAGCAUUUGCUCAUUGUGUUGGCAAAUCUUCCCCGGGGUCUGCUUGUGUUAUGCCUCAAACAGCACCAGCACACAAGGCUAAGCUGAUUGAGAACAUGGGAGUGGAAGUGCACAAGGUGGAUACAUCGAAGCUGAUGGAAGAAGUUAAUCGGCUAGUGAAGGAGGAGGGUUUUGUUUUUUGCCAUCCAUUUGACGACAUUGACCUCAUUGCGGGUUAUGCAAGCUCUGCCUUGGAAGUGUUGGAAGAUGUCCGGAAUCCCGACGUGAUUCUCGUGUGCUGUGGUGGGGGCGGCCUCGUCUCAGGUGUUGCUGCUGCUGUCUCUCUCUCCAAAGUGAGCAACUGUCGGGUGUACGCCGUGGAGCCACAAACAGCUCCAACAAUGUAUGAGAGCUUUAAGACAAGGAGGCCGGUCACCAUUCCACAUGCAAAGUCAGUCGCUGCAGGACUUGCACCGCCUUAUGCAGGUUCCUUGUGCUACAAACAUUGCCGAUGGUUUGUGGAAGAUGUCUUACUAGUGUCAGAUGAAGAGAUGCUUUCUGCAAUGAGGGUUCUGUUUGAUCGUGGCAUCAAGGCGGAACCAUCUGGCUGUGCAGCUUUCGCGGCUCUACUCAGUGGGAAAGUUCCAGAUGUUGAAGGGAAGAAAGUAGUUGUGUACAUUACUGGAGGCAAUGUGUCUUGUUCAGAGCUUAGUGACAUCAUGCAAGAUGGUCGGUGAUGGAGUUUUAUGAAGUGAAUUUCAACCCUUUGAGCCCUGGCCACCGGUACACUGGUGGCGCGUAAUUUUGCCCGUAUGCCUUGCCACUGGUACACCACUGAGGGAGACCAUAUCCCUAAACCGGCCCCACCUGGGACUAAACAGACAUGGAAAACAGUGUUUGCUACAAAGAACGUUAUUGAUUAUUUUGAAAAUCUCUCUGACUCAGAUGCUGAUAAUGAUCAAGGCUACCCUGAGUAGGAUAUGGAAUGUGAUUCUUACGAGGAUAUGAAUGAAGACGUGAAUCACUCAGGAGCUCAGGAAGAUGGGCAUGGUAGCCUCAGGAGGUCAGGGCUUAAAGGGUUAAGAAAUGGAUAGUUUUAGCAGCUCAGUUCAUGAAUCCAGCAUUGUGAAAAAAUCAAUCGUAGUCUUCUCAAGUGGCCCCGCCUCCUUUCUGGUCUUUUAUGUUGGGGAAGUGACAGCUCAACAAGCUGUCUUUGCUUUUAACCUGUGUUUUAUUCCCUGAAGUUUUAGAAAUGAAUGAAGUUCGAAGGUAAUAACAAAUAUUACAUGUGUUUUUUAUUGACAGGUUUAUGUCUUGUAAUAAAUUGCAAUGGCUUCCUCAGGAAAUAUUCCUGGCUCAGUUUGAUCUCAAUUCUAGUUGCUGGGCUGUUCAAACAGGGUCCCCAUAACAUAAUUUGACAAAUUUCCAGUGGUAGAAUAAUGCAGGUGUGUGAGUAAAUUGACUUUUGGAUGUGAAGAUCAAAAUACUAAUUAUUUCAGUGUACUUGGCUUUCUUUUUUUUGUGUUCCUUUUCAAUUUUUUUCACUUAAAAUUUACAGAGCACUCGAGAGUUGUUAUACUUGGUGAGAAAUUAGGAAAGCUUUGAGCUUAAUAUAUAUGAAUAUGAUGUUUUAUGAAGAAUUAUCUUUUGUGUCAUCUAAUCUUGCAUUUGUUUUUUUGGCUGUUUUUAAAAGAGAAAUGUUGAUUUGUAAAAAUCUUUAUUUAAACUUAUUUAUUUGUUUUAACUGAUGAGCAACUGCCCAGGUUGUAAUUAAUAACCCGUACUUCUUAGAAUUUUAGUGCUAUAGUAGUAUUCAAGUACAGAUUUUUCACAUAAUGUAAUGAUGCAGUAUUUAAUUUCUUGGUUAUCUUGCGCAUGUUGUGAACUAUUCAAAGGAGAAGUGACCAUGAUUUAUGGAAAACAAAGAGAAGUGAUAUCAAUGUGGCCUAGUAUUUUACCAAUGAAGUUCAAUUUGUGACUAUCUUCUCUGCAGCCCAGUUUCAACAGGCUGCCCAUCUCCUCUUUUUAUUAGGGUGAAUCUUUGUGAGAAAGGGCAAUGAUGAUGGAGACUUGUAAAAAUAUUCUCGCAUUUAUUUUUAAUUAUGGCUGUUUUGUGUGAAUGUAGCCAGACUGUUUAUUUAUACAUAUUUCCGUCCUUUUAGGCUGACACACACCCAGAGAGAGAGAGAGAGAGAGAGAGAGAGAGAGAGAGAGAGAGAGAGAGAGAGA